GCUAACAUCAAAGAGGGUCUACUAUUGCCCUUGAUGUUCUCUACAGGGCAUUCUGUGAUGUUACCAGGAAAGAUACCCAACAAAUAGUAAGAGGAAGACCAUUUCAUUCUGACAUUGCUUCUUUCUUUGAUUUUGGUCAGGUUUCCCAACACCUUGACACUUGUUUCAUUAUGAAAGAUGUACAAACUUCAAACCAAAAGGGUAAAAGCUGCUGCUGGGAAGAUGUGGAAUUCAAAUUUCUCCAAGAUCAGACAGUCUCUUAAAAAUGUUUACCAUAAAUGUAAGAAGCAGCACCCAAAUUCAACUAGAUAUCCAACUAUGACUUCCUAUGAUUGUGAUCAAGAUGACAUUAACACUGAUGAAGAAAUGAAUCUUAUAGCAAUGCUCCAAGAUAUUAAAACUUCCCAGAUUGAACUCGUAGGCCAAAUGACUGACAUUAUCAGUGCAGUAUUAAAAAUCCAGGAAAGGAUUGACUUUUAUCAGAAGGAGAUGGAGGUACUGGAAAACAGAAUGAAUGUUAAUGAAGACAAACAGUACACAAUAACUAAAGAUACCUUCUCAAUGAAAGAAGAUAUUGAUGCUUUAAAGAAGAUGAAAGAACUGGAAAACCAGAAUUCUUGCUCUAGUAUACAUUGUUUAGAGGUUCUGGAGGGAGAAAAGAGUAAAGAGAUCAUAGAACUGCUUCACAAACUCAGAAAACCAGGAACUUUGAAGAACAUGUUGGCCUCUACCGACGCUGGAAUCUCUUCAGCAGAACCAGACAAAGUGCCCAGUUAUCCCACUGAUCAUCUUGAGGAAAAAUCAAUUUUUUCCCAAACUAAAGUUGUGAAGAAAAGUAACUGUCAAACUGCAUUAAGAAGCUUUCAAAAAGCAAAGUCAAAUAUUUAUAUUUACCCAGACUUGAAUACAUGGAUCAAGCUAACUUUUGUCCAUGGAGGAAAGUGGAGAUUUUUCCUCAGGGCAACCAAGUUAGAGGAAUUCAUCCAGUGGCUUCUUUCUAGGCCAACCCUCCCUCCUGAGGAACCACAAGUCAUAACCCAGAGAUACUGUCCAUUCACUAGACCUAUUGCAAACUUGACCACAAUCUGUUUCUCUGUUUUCAAUUAUAUUUACUGUCUUUUUGGUUCCUCAAAAGAGGAAGUAACUCGACUGUAAUUUUCUGCUUGCUUGGCACAAAAUAAAUUGUAACCUGGCCUUUCAAAGCA